CGCCGUGCCGUGCCAAGGUGGACAUGAGAACAAUCGGACUAUAGAGCAACACGUGCGAAAGAAGUAAUGGAGAAGCAGCCGAGGCUACUGUGUUCGAGGCUCCUCCGGGAACACAGGCAGGUGGAGGUGGCUCUGACCCGCAGUGUUUUGGGCUGGAGGGAAACUGACAGGAGCAGAAAACGAAGCUCAGGCAUCAGAAGUUUAUCUGGAACCGCUCACAGUCACACUGUUCUGGUGUGUGAGAUUGUCGCCGUCCGCAAGACUGAAGAAGACGACACAAAGAACAAGAGUCAGAAGAAAGCGAAGCUCGGCUCCCAGCUGUAUCCUCAUGCAUUCACAGUUUCCUACGUGAGGAGGAUGCGGCAUCACCAGUGGCGGUGUAGUGACGUCACCUUCCAAUGUGCCGAUCUGACGCUCUGUGAGCAGUGGGUCCAGGUUAUCAAUGAGCAGUUGUCACUACUCACCAACCGGCCGAGGAGCCUCCUGGUGUACAUCAAUCCCUUUGGUGGAAAGCGACACGGGACACGUAUUUACGAGCAGAAGGUGGCUCCACUCUUUCGCCGCGCCUGCAUCUCAGCCGAUGUGAUUGUUACAGAGCGUGCCAAUCAUGCCAGGGACCACUUGAAAACAGAGGCCAAUCUGGAUAAAUAUGACGGCGUGGUGUGUGUGGGUGGAGAUGGCAUGUUCGGUGAGAUCCUGCACGGGUUGGUCACCAGGACCCAGACUGACCAUGACGUGGACCAGAACCAACCAGAUGCUGAGUUGGUGCCGUGUUCUCUGCGCAUAGGCAUCAUCCCUGCAGGGUCCACUGACUGUAUCUGCUUUGCCACAGUGGGAACCAGCGAUCCAGUUACUUCUGCUCUACACAUCAUUGUGGGUGAUUCCCAGCCGAUGGACGUGUGCUCGGCUCACCACGGUGACGUCUUCCUCAGAUACUCGGUCUCGUUGCUCGGCUACGGUUUCUACGGAGAUCUGCUGACAUACAGCGAGAGGAAGAGGUGGCUGGGUCCUGCCAGAUACGACCUGUCAGGGGUGAAAACUUUCCUGAGCCACAAGUGCUACGAAGGCACCGUCUCGUUCCUCCCCGCCGAGGACGACGUGGGGAACCCGAGGGACAAGCUGCUGUGUCGAUCCGGGUGCCAAGUGUGUCAGCGCAAGACCUCAUCAAACGACAAGCGGCGGGAGAUGUCGGCGGAGAAGGAAAAGUCUGCUAAAGAUGACGACAGUGGUUGGGGUGUGAUCCGAGGAAAGUUCAUCACCAUUAACGCCGCCAGUAUGAGCUGCGCGUGUCCCCGCAGCCCAAAGGGCCUGUCUCCGUCGGCCCACCUCGCCGACGGCACCACCGACCUCAUCCUCGUCAGGAAGUGUUCCCGUUUGGACUUCUUCAGACACCUUGUUCGACACACCAACAAAGACGACCAGUUUGACCACUCCUUCGUGGAGGUCUACCGUGUGAAGUCGUUUUGCUUCCUGCCACCAGACCAGGAGCCGGUUUCGCUCGAGGACCUGAGCGAGACGCAGUUAGAGAAGACUGGCUGCGGCCCCAUCUGCUCCACCCAAACAACCUGCGACUACAGCAAAGCCCACAGCAGCUGGAGCUGCGACGGGGAGAUCCUGCCUCACGCCGCCAUCCAAGUCAGUGUCCAGUGCCAGCUGAUCAGGCUGUUUGCCCGUGGUAUAGAGGAGCAGCAGCAGUGUGUUUUUGAAGACCCCUGCACACUGUGGGCCCCGGAGCCAAACACACACUAAGUGAGUGGACUGAGAGCAGGAUGGGCCACUAAAAAAAACACAAACUUGGCAAAAGUUUCCUGGAAAACUGCACAUCACAUAAGUGCAAACUCCAAAUGUUGGAAUUCCAGUCUCUCUUGCUUCUGAAGUGUGUUUGCCUGAAGGAAACGUGCACUAUCUGCGCAAGAAGUGACAGAAUGAUAACAAACAAAUAAAUCCAGAAUAAAGAUGGAAAACUGCCACUACCAGCCAUAAAAAAAUGAAAGAUGGAGAUACAUGAAACAGAGCUGAACUGGGCUGAGCUGGACUCACAGCAUUCAGAGAAAGGUUUUCACCCUGCCAUGAAGGAGAAGGCAAAUAUGAUUUCUCCUUAUUCACAGAGAAGGGACAGCCAAGGAGAUACGGCUUUGUGAGAAGGAUGAAUUAAAAAAAAUGCCUGUAAAGUACACUGAUAAUAUGAAAAGACAUAAAAUGCCUGGGCUGCACCAAAAAAGACCCAUGCAGGCAGUCUGCUGUUCCUUUUUUGAGAAAAAAAAUAUUUUAUCUUCUUUUCACCCAGGUGAAAGCCGAUACGAGCCGGGGGCACUAAUGAAAAGAACUGAAUACCCUGCUAAUACACUAACAGGACCCCGGUGGCUUCUGGGUAAUAAGGCAAAGUGGUUGCUAAGUGAUUCACUGUGUCUCAGCACUGCUGCGCUGCACCUGUGACUCCGAGCUCCGCUCCCCUCUGGCUGAGAAACUACCGGCAGUUCAGCCAUCGCCUGGGAUUAGCCAGAACUGCACGGUGUUAAUGUUAGUGGAGAUAAUCUAUUGUACGGCUCUAAAAUCAGCAGGUCAAGCUGGUCUUGAUGUGUCUGAAGAAAGGUCACUGCAGAAGGUUUUUUUUGCUACUGCUGCUUCAAUAAAACUGCAUUGAACUGCCUCUAAAAUAUUAUGUAAAUUCAAGAAGGGUGUGUGUGUGUGUGUCUGUCUGUCUAGUUAUGAGGGCCAAUUUUGGUUCAAUACCAUCAUUGUGAGGACAUUUUGGCUUGUCCUCACAAAUUCAAUGGACUGUUUGAGGGUCAGACUUAGGGUAAGAGUUAGGGUUAGGCAUUUGAUUGUAAAUGUUAAGGUGAGGAUAAGGGAAUAGGGAAUGCAUUAUGUGUCCUCACAAUUAUAGAGAGACAAGUAUGUGAUUGUUUGUGUGUCUGUGUUUGCAAAGGUGCCAAUGUGAUGAGUUUGCUUUAUCACAAUUAGCCUCAUGACUGCUAUUUUGCAGAUGCUCUCUCACUGCAGCCAACACACUGCUAAAACAAGUAUCUAGACAGGGGCGCGCACACACACACACACACACACACACACACACUCUUUAACUUUUGACACCAUAAAAGCACUCUCUGCUCUUUGAAUCCUCUCCAGUUUAGUUAAUACUCACUCUGAAAGUCUAUAAUGCUUCACCUUCAGCAUUGGCUUUUGACAAGCUGCACUAUGAAGCUCUUUCAAAGACUCAGAUGCUUUUAAGUCCACACACACAAAUAUAUGCACACAGCGAGGAUUGUUUCAGAAAUUUAGCAAUUAGUGAAUGACAAUGCAAAAGGUGAAAAAAGUCGAGCUGAAAAUUGGAAUUAUUGUAAAUGUGUUUAUAACAACCAAUAAAACAAACCACACAAACAAAAAGCAUAACAAUUCCACUUAGCUUGCUAACAUUAGCACUUAUAACUUUGUCUUCAAACUGAUUUGUGUCCUUACGUUAUACAAAGAAGGCUUUUUGGCUUCCAUUAGCCCAGCACAUAAAAAGACGACAAUCUUUGAUGAUGUCAAAACUCACAACAAAGAGGAGUAACCUGAGGACUGAGUCAUUUAGUAUCACAACUCAAAGUAACUAAUAUUUGGUUUUUCACGAGUAAAAGUUGUCCUAAUGUAGCUAAAAGCAUUUAAAAUGGAGACCCAGGUUCACAAAUCUCAAAUGUCAAGAAUGUAAUAUAUACUGCUUUCUGAGCAGAAGAUGAUUUUAAUGUCAGCUUGACACAAGUUUUUUAAUUAAGUCUUGUUGUGCUCCCCAUAUCUGUGUAAAUACAUAACUAAAACUGUGAUGUGAGCAGAUACUGUGAUGUAAGUAGAUUUGAUCUAUUUUAUGAAAAUGCUUAAUAAAGUGCCUCU